CAGCGUCCAUCGCAACACACAGCAUGCACAGCCGCGACGAGCGGUUCAUGCGCCUGGCGAUUGCGCAGGCGCACUUGUCACCACCAACAGAAAGCGCAUACUGCGUCGGAUGCGUUGUUGUCAAGGACGACCGUGUGAUCUCCACGGGGUUUUCCCGCGAAUUACCGGGAAACACGCACGCUUGUGCGUUGUUGAAGCUAGACAUGCAAGCCAGUGGCACGGAGCUAUACACGACCAUGGAGCCGUGUAGUGUUCGUCUGUCAGGAAAUAAGCCGUGCGUGGAGAGUUGUAUUGCGGCGAACGUGUCCCGAAUUGUGAUUGGCGUCAUGGAACCAAGCAAGUUUGUCCAGUGUGAAGGCGUGCGCCUACUUCGAGAGCAAGGCAUUCAAGUCGACCUGCUUGUCGGAUUGGAGGCAGAGUGCUUGGCCCCGAAUAAGCACUUGGACAUGUAGUUCAAUGGAUAAACGGUGUCACACCUAAGGAGCUGAUCUCAUCCGAAUCAACACGUGCUGUUGAGAUCACCACGUAUUUCUCUGUCAAUCAAACUAUGUCAC